CUGCCUCCACAGCUUCACUGAGUUGUACCUCCGUCUCGUUCUCCGUGUUCUCAAUCUGAGCACACAACCGCAACCUGUUUGCAAAAAUGCGUCAUAGAACUUCCGUCGAAGAAGACAAGCACGCCGUCUCUCUCAGAAGGUCUCCCCGGUUUCUUCCCAAGAAUCAACAGGAUUUAGAACAUCCGGUGACUCCAGAGAUCGAGCCGAGGGCAAUUCGGGCCCCGAACGCCGACUCUACUCCUCUCAGCUCCAAUCGCAAAAUUUCUUUGAACAAAAAGCAGAGAGAAGCUCCGGGAAGGAUAACGGAAAAGUCUAGUGGUUCGGUAAUGUCCGGAGAUUCGAGUACUGGUCCUCGAAGGUCUUCUAGAUUGAUUAGUCGAUUUGAGUGUUCAAAAGAAGUUCCGAAGAAGGCGAAGGCAAUUACUAAUGGCUCGGUAAUUUCCUCAAAUUCGUACCCUAGGUCGCGAAGAUCUUCAAUACUGAUUAGCCAAGUUGAGGAUUUCACUCCUCUCAGGCGAUCCAAGAGGAUUGCAGAGAAUGGUAGCUUUGAGAAAAGGGUCACCAAGGAUUGGAUUGAGGUAAGUUCUGUGGAAAAAGGAUACAGGGAUAUAGUUUUGGCCUGUCCCGCAAUUAGGACUUCCAAUAAGACUCCUAACCCGCCUGAGAUAAAGUCCAAAGCGCGUGUGAAUUCAUCAAAUAAAUCAGUGGUUAAGUCGGAGAAGAGGGCUACUCGGCGUUCUUGCCUGUCUCAGGCUGACGAAGGAAAAGCCAAACACGGUGGCAGAAUUGGUAAGCCUUCUACAAGCAAGUUGGAAAAGAUUGAAACUUUUCCUGCUAAACCCUCAUCAGAAGUUGCAACUGAGGGAGGAGAGAAUCCUGAGGAGAGUAUUGACUUGGGAGAGAAACAGAGAGGUGUGAAGAGGAAGAGAGCCCAGGAAGAGGAUGGGCAUGUUAUUGCUAAAGGGUGGACCAAGGAACAAGAGUUGGCAUUGCAGAAAGCUUAUUUUGCUGCUAAGGCAACUCCUAAGUUCUGGAAGAAAGUUGCAAAGAUGGUGCCUGGAAAGUCAGCGCAGGAAUGCUUUGACAGGAUACAUUUAGAUCACUUAACACCUCCUCAACCUCGCCCUCGCUCAAGGGCAAAGAAGGCAGGAUUGUUGUUGUCUCCUCCCAGCGCAAGCAAAUUGCUUCAGACUGCAGAUGCAAAUGCGAAAAAGUUGAGAUGCAGCAAACUGAAGAGCCAUUUUUCACAAAAAGCGGUGAGGGAGAUGCUGGAAAAGCAGUACAACAACAUAGACCGGGAUAAGGAAGCAGACGUCUUCAGUGUUCUUGAGUCAAGAACAGAUCAAUCAAAUGAAGCAUUACAAGAGGCUGCCAACGUAGUCACCCCUGAGGUCAAGUUAGAGCGUGUCAGUUUCCUGGGAAGAUGCUCGGAGAGAUCUUCUUCAGGCCAUAAAGAUCAACGGUCACGAUUAAGUAACUUGCCAGGGGCAGCUCUCUUCAGUCCUCCAGUUCUAAAGCCGAUCAAAAACAAAGCCUUGCACGACAGAUACAUUGAUCAGCUGCAUUGCAGGGAAGCUAGGAGAAACGCGGCAUCUUUAAGAACAGCAACGCACAAUCACAGAAACGGUAAUCAAGAUCAACAAGUGGACACAAUUCAAGCUGCAAAGAAUGCUCUAAUCUUUGAUGCAAGAGAUGCCAUCCAUCAAUUCCAAAACUCGCAAACAAACCUGUCUAACAUCCUUUACGACGGGGAAGAUGAUGAUUGCGAUUACAACGACAACGAUGGUGUAGACGAAGACUGAGAUUGAAAAGCCAUCUAACUUUUGAUUUACCAUUUGCUGUUAACUCUUGUUGUAAUAACCUAACUGAAAAAUUAAACAUACUGUAUGUACCGUGACCUCGUAGGCUCGUAGCUAGAUCCUAGACGGAACCCAAUUCCUGGAUUGGAAUAUAAAUCCAAACCCUGAUCUCAUUUCA